UGUUUACUGUAGUUUAAUGAUAACAGCAGUAACUAUCACAUAUCUCUUUUAAUAGUUCAGUCAGUAGUUCUACUCAGUACAGGUAUCUCAGCAACUACCUGCAUCUACUCGUCGUUAUCAGAUCCUCGGAUGCAGCAGGGCAAGGGCUCGGAUGAUAUUCCUCCUAAACUUCGAGCGUGUUUGUUUUGCUUUGAUUCCAGACCUGUUCGACGCGCUCUGCUCUUGAGAGUAUCAUCAUCAGCUCAUCGCGUCAGUAGUUCAUAUAUCUGUUUAUAUCUGUGUUUAUAAACAGCAUGUGCUGAUCUGCGGUUUUUUAAUGUCUAGACACUGCUAUUACUCUGCAGCACCAUGGAGAACCCCCACGAGCAAGUGCAGAACGCGCUUCUUUCUCGCAUCAUCACAAACAUCGAAAAACUCAACGAAGCUGUCAUUGUUCUCAAUCGUACUCUUCAGGACGUCAACCGCGAAAACAUGAACGUCGAGCUUCUUUCUCAGAUGUGGGAAAACUACCAACGCAACGUGCUCUUCAACCUCGAAAGCACCGGCUCGCUUGAGAAGCCUAUAUGAUCCUUUAUCACUUUAUAUCAAUUGUUUGGAGUUUUGCGUGCUUUUUUUCAUGAUUUUUAUUUAAUACAACGAUUAACUAUACCAA